CUCAUCACCCCCUUCCGCCGCCCCAAAGUCUCUCUGGAUCUGAAGUCUUCCGCCGGCUUCGCGUUAAUUUCUCAUUUUCCAAGGAUGAAUUCAGCGAGGAUGCAGAUUCUCCCUAUCGUGGCCGUCGUCUUCUUCGCUCUGUUACAGCUUAGUUGCGGACAAACGAUGGCUUCUUCCCCUGCACCGGCGCCUCCGACCAGCGACGGGACGGCUAUUGAUCAAGGAAUCGCCUACCUUCUCCUUCUAGUGGCCCUCGCAAUCACGUAUACCUUCCAUUGAUUUUAUUUAACAUUUAUGUUUUGAUUUAUUAUAUGAUGAGAAAUUUCUCAACGCAUUUGGUUGGAGAAAUUGCAGUUCCUGCAGUUUUUUUUUUUCUUUUAUCUGCGGAUAUGUAUAUGGAGUAUAUUUAAUAACAGUGUUACAGAAGAAAUUUGAUUGAUUGUUUGUUUUGUUUUCUUUUUUUCGCCAGAUUGUGGUUAAGAUUGAGAUGUUGAUAUUGCAACCAUAGGGGGAAUGUUGGUUUGAGGCUAAGUAGACUUUACUCUCUCUGUGUAGCCUCACUACUCCUAAUAAAGCCUAUCCAGUAUUAUCAAGAUUGCUAAUCUCUAUACAGUUUCUUUGUCAAGUCAACAUCCCCAAGAUGCACACCUAGGCGCAAACGCAAUGUACUAAGAAAACAAAUCUUAAUGA